CACAACGGGCUGGGCAGUGUGCGGUGACGAUCCUCCUGCCACCGUCAGGCCUUUAUGGCUGAAAAUGAAACUCGAGCUCCCCGCUGAGUUACCUGUUCAGAAUAUGACAGCGUGGACUUAGUCCACCCUAGCAAAAUACAGCCGCUUCUGGGCAGCGGCAUUUCUAAUAUUUUCAUUUAAUACUUCAGGAUGAAAAAUGAAGUGAGAGUGUCUAGAAAAAUGUCUUGAACAGGUAUGCAGAGCGCACACAGUUCAGCUGAAGUGCUUCAGACUUUUUGACACGGGUACCGCUUGCUGUCCUGUGAAAAGAAUCUUUAAAGCCUGGAAAACAUUCACUUUACUUUUUCCUUUUGAAAUGCAAUUUGAAUAUUGUUUGAGUGGUUUCACUGCUGAAUGAUUUCCGUUCUGUGUUUUAUCAAAGGUGCUGUUAGAAUCCCCACUGUUUCCAUAUCUCCAGAGGACUUAAAUACAACUGCCCUGGUAGAAUUUGGGAGUUAUAUUCGGGAAGUCUUUCCUGCUGUAUUUUCUUCAAAGUUCAUUCAACAUGAAAUCGUUGGAAUGUAUAGCCAUCUCUUCACUGUUCAGGGUUCCAACCCUGAAAUGAUGCCCUAUAUGUUGCUUGCACACAUGGAUGUUGUGCCUGCUACCCCAGAAGGCUGGGAAGUCCCUCCUUUCUCAGCUGCUGAACGUGAAGGUUUCAUCUAUGGACGAGGAACACUGGAUAACAAAAACUCAGCUAUAGGUAUUCUGCAAGCUCUAGAAUUUCUGCUCAGAAGAAACUACAGACCCCGCAGAUCUUUCUAUGUUGGCAUUGGACAUGAUGAAGAGGUGUUUGGUCAAAAGGGAGGAAAGAAGAUUGCAGCUCUGUUGGAAGCUAGAGGAGUGAAACUCUCCUUCUUAUUAGAUGAGGGAAGCGUUAUCCUAGAUGGUGUCGUUGCAGGAGUGAAGAAGCCAGUAGCUCUAAUAGGUAUCACAGAAAAGGGUUCAAUAACACUGAACUUCACUGUGGAAAAGGAGCCAGGACAUUCAUCCUUUCCUCCUAAGGAGACGAGCAUUGGCAUUCUUGCAGCAGCAAUGUCCAGACUGGAGCAGAAUCCCAUGCCCAACCUGUUUGGCUAUGGGCCAGAACUCAUGACUAUGGAGCACCUUGCAUCUGAGUUCAGUUUUCCUCUCAAUCUCAUCAUGACCAAUCUGUGGCUGUUUUCACCUGUUGUCAGCAGAAUUCUUUCCUGGAAACCUUCCACCAAUGCCUUGAUUCGAACUACUACAGCAGUCACAAUGUUUAAUGCAGGAGUCAAGAUAAACGUCGUCCCAUCUUUUGCAAAAGCAACUGCAAACUUCCGGAUCCACUCUGCAGAAACGGCCAGUGAGGUGCUAGAGACAGUUAGAAACACUAUUGCUGAUGACAGAGUGAAGAUUGAUAUAGUAGAGGCCUUUGACCCACUCCCCAUCAGUCCUUGGGAUGACCAGACAUUUGGAGUCCAUGUUUUUCAAAGAACCAUUCUGGAUACUUUCCCAAAUGUUGACAGUGUGGUCCCAGGCACAUGUGUUGGAAACACAGACAGCAGGCAUUUCACUAACGUCACAAAUGCCAUUUAUCGAUUUAACCCAGUGCUCUUGAGAUCAGAUGAUCUUCCCAGGAUCCAUGGGUUGAACGAGAGAAUCUCUGUUGAGGUUUAUGAAAAACAGGUCGAGUUUCUCUUUCAGCUGAUUAAGAACUGUGAUAUUGACAAGCUUCCGGAGCCUCACUCAAACUCCCAUGAGCUGUGAGACAAAACCUGAGAGGAACAGCCACAGAGGUAGACUUGGGGGGAGGGAAAGGAAUCUGGCCAUAUGAUGCGGUUGUGUGUUGCAUAUUGAGCUGUGUCUGGAUUUUUAUCACUGCAAAUUGUGGUUUACAUACAGAUGGAAAAAUUUGCUGGUUGCUGCUUUAGGCAGAUACAUGGUUUGCCCAAAAGUGAUAGACACCUGGACAAAACACAACAAAUAACCCCGACUGCUGUGCCUCCCUACUCUCAUGCAGGCAGUAAUCUGAUGAUACUACAUUUUUCCGCACUUCCUUUAAAUCCUUAAGCCUCUGAAAUUGGUAGUCACUUAGAAAUCUAAGCUAUAAUUUGCAGUUGCUCAUCCAUCUGUAAAAGAGCUAAUCCCCCUAUGUGCACUUUUCACAAACUCCUCCUGUACAGAUAAUUGAUUUUUCACAAGGGAUGUGUCUGUCAAAGGCUUGUGUGGAAAAGUUCAUAACAUGGUGCUGGUUUGAUGUAAUUGCGUAGAAUUGUGCUAAGAGUCUGUUGCACUGCUGCUUUCUAUAGGCUUCUUUCCCAGGUGGUGCUCUCAACCCAUGUCAGUGUUAUAUAGGUACUGCUAAUUCUCCCAUUCGUGCACUGAUUCCUAACUCCGGUUUAAAAUACUGAACUGCAGAAAUUCUAAUUAUGCUGCUUUAACUGAUGCCGCCCUGAUUUCAGAGGCGCUAAAUCUUUGCUGUUAACUUUUUCCCUAUCUUUUUAGUGACUUUUUCCCCCCCUCUUUCUUUGGUAAGGCGCAGAAUAUGUUGUGCAGCUGGGUGUCAGACUAAGGAACUGCAGCUUUAAAUAAGAAAAUAAAUCAGUAUCAUAUAUAUUUUCUUUGUGCUGAAUCAAUUUCUCUGUAGUAUAUGUUUCUCUUUUUUUUCCUUUGAGAACUUGAUUUUGAAAGAUGGUGGAAGCCCUUCUGUUUAUUCCAGUUCAGUGGGAGCAGGGAGCCUUCUCUGUUCCUUCAUUGCCUCACUAGCACUUUUCACUUUACUCUAGCACUUCAGUCUUGAUUUAGCUCUUUGGGAAUCCUAAUGUGGACAGGCCAUUGAUGUUGACUCUCUUUCAUCUCGUCUUGCUCUUCUUGCACGAGCAUGCCUAACUUGUUAGCACUGAAGGGUAGAGCAUUCUUCUUUUGGCCUAGAUAAUCUCUUUAGUUGCAGAUACUGUUAUUAAUUAAACAAGGAAGGAAUUAAGAAUCAGAUGUUAGCCAAAGUACAGGCAGGGUGAAAACCACUUUGUCGCACUGAUGUGCGGACUCUGUGCUAUAGGAACCAGCCAAGUAUCCUCCUGUUGCAUUGUUGCAGAGAUGCUUGUUUCUUUUUCGGAGCUUGAAUUACACAGUGGCGUGGGUGGUUAUUCUUAUCUAUACUCACGCUAUAAAUGUACUGAAAUGUACAUGAAAUACCCCGAAAUGUAUCUUGAAAAAGAGUGAUGGAACUGUGAUUUCUAUUCUUUCCUUUCACCAUUCUGUAUUUAUUUGCACUCUGAUUUUAUCAGUACAGCCAAUGGGCUAAAACUGUAUCAAGUUACUAAAUAGUUGAAAACAGAUCAUAAUUUUCAUCUAAUAAAAAAGGAAUGCAGACUCUCUUCUGAUUAUUAUUUAGUCUUUUAAUGUAACUGUAUAAUUGCAGUGAAAUCAUUUCCACACCUGGUUCUCCACUAGAGCAAGUUGUAAAGUUUCCAUCAAAACAAAUCCACAUAUUUUCCAGCCUACUUUAAUGCUGCACCCUCCCUGUCCUCUCCUUUCGACACAAAAUUAACUAAUUCCCUUUAUGCAUUACUGGGUAGUAAAUAGUUUGCAUCUUUUACCUUUUAUUGCAUUCAGUCUGUGUGUCCUAGCAUCAUUAAUCUGUUUAGCUGCGUGUCUACAGCUCUUUCACAGAGGUGUCAUUCCUCUUUCAAACUCCUGUUGCAGAUGCAACAAAAAUGGUAUGUCAAGGUACAGCACGUAUUAAAAACACAGCCCCAUGAGUGGAAGGUGGAGGAAAUUUUUCCUCUCGCAAGUCUCUAUAAAGGCUUGAUUGAGGCUUUAAAGCCUUCACUUUGACUUUGACUGUAUGGGGCCAAUGCUGUUUAACAUCUUCAUUAAUGACCUGGAUGAUGGGACAGAGAGCACCCUCAGCAAGUUUGUAGAUGAUACAAGAUUGGGAGGAGUGGUUGAUACACCAAACAAUUGUGCUACCAUUCAGAGGGACCUCAGCAGGCUGGAGAAAUAGGCCAGCAGGAGUCCCAUGAAGUUCAAAAAGGGAAGCGCAAAGUCCUGCACCUGGGGAGGAAUAACCCCAUACGGGUGGGGACCGACUGGCUGGAAAGCAGAAAAGGACCUGGAGGUCCUGGUGGACAGCAAGUUGAACAUGACCAGCAAAGAGGGCCAGCAGCACCCUCAGAGGAGGGAGUAAUGAUGAUCUCCAGAGGCCCCUUUCAACCUCAACCAGUCUGUGAUUCUGUGGGAUGUGGGCAUGUUGCAAAAACCCUAACUGGAACUGGACUUGGGUCAUGCUGCUGUGCAGCGAAGACUGCUGGGGUGCAGAAGGAGGGAUUCGUGGUCUGUUGUAACAGCAAAAGAGGCCUAAAGACAGAAAGCAUCCUUUAUAUUUUGUAAUCUCCUAUUCCUGAUCAAGAAACACUCAUCUGUUUUUUGCAAGGAUUAUUUCUUGAAAGGAGAUUCAUUUGAAGAUUCAUUUUGUUGCUGAAGGGAAAGUGAAGGACAAACAGCACUGGCAAGGCAGGGCUGGUUUUGGCAAGUACUGUGCAAACGUGUGCCAUGGGGUUUCGCUGCUGCGGCUUGUUGCAGAGCUUCAUUAAGUGCUACUCAUCAGCUAGAGCUGAAAUCAUGCAGUGUGCCUCUGCAGUGAGUGAGUAAUCAACAGAGCUUUAUUGCAACCUGAAGCCUCUGAACAGAGGUACUUUAAACAGCCCUUAGCCUGCAGGUUCCAAUGGUGAAAAGCACAUUUCCCCAGCUCUCCCCAUUUUUUCCCAGUCUUUUCUAAUAAUGAUGUAUGCUUUGUACCUACAGCAGCUUUGCCCUUCGUAUUCUCUCUUGUUUUAUCAUAUAAGCUGCCACGUUGUGCUUAUCUGGCACAAUUCUGAAGGGUUGCCUGGUGAUCUGAUUCUUGCACACCUGACAGUGCAGUUUCUUCUCCACCCCAUACUACCUUUCUCAUUAUAUGUUCUCAUAAAAUGUUUCUCACCUUGAGUAGUAUGUGAAAUCUUUGUGUCAACAUGUAAAUUGCUGUGUAAGGAUGAUGCACUGGCCUUCUUUGCUAAGAUCAUGUAAAACUUUGCAUUGCAUGAGUAACUUUUUGGUGAUAAGUACAUCAUGAAAAAACAGAA